AGUAGUGAAUGAUACACACACACACACACACACACACACACACACACACACACGGUAUUGGUGGACAGUCUUGAUCGGGAAGGCAGCAGCGGCGGCGGUGAUGGUGGCGGCGGUAUUGACGGCGGCGGCGGUGGUGACUGAAAUGGUGGUGGUGAUGAUCAGGUGGUGGUGGUGAUAGUGGUGAUGAGCUACGGAUCCUCGCUUCUUCUCUCCUCCUCCUUCUCCCUUCCUUUCUUUCGCCUCUCCAUAUCCUCUCUUCCUUCCUCCCUCCACCGCGGGCACUGGAGGAAACUUACGUAAGAGGAACGGGAGAGAAGGAGACAGAGAGAAAGGAGGAAAGAGUGAAGAAAUAAUGAAGGAAGGAUGAUGAUGAUGGUAAUGAGAAUGAACAAUACGUAAUAAAUAGAAAAACAAGAAUGAUGAUGAAAAUAAACAAUAAGAACGAUAGAAGAGCGAAAUAGAGAUGAUAAUAAUUGUAAACAAGGGUGAACAGAACGAAAGAAAAAUAAGAAAACAAGGAAAAUGAUAAAAAUAAACAGUAAACAAUGACAGAACAGUGAAAUAAAGACAAUAAUGAUGAUAACGAUGAUUGUAAACAAGGAUAAUGAUAAGAAUAAACAAUAACAAUGACAGAAUAGUGAGAUAAUGACGAUGAUAAUGAUGGCGGUGAUAGUAAACAAGAAAAAUAAUAAAGGAAAGAACGUAAAGAGACAAAGAUGACGAAAGGAUGACAUAAGGGGUCCGUACACAGGAAGGAAAAAAUAACUUACAGAGAACGUUGAUGAGAGAAAUAUUGAGAAGAGAAUGAUAAGAAAUGAGAAUAAUAAGAAAUGGUAAGAAAUGAGAAUGAUAAGAAAUGGUAAGAAAUGAGAAUGAUAAGAAAUGGUAAGAAAUGAGAAUGAUAAGAAAUGGUAAGAAAUGAGAAUAAUAAGAAAUGGUAAGAAAUGAGAAUGAUGAGAAAUGAUUAGAAAUGAGAAUGAUAAGAAAUUAUUAGAAAUGAGAAUAAUAAGAAAUGAUUAGAAAUGAGAAUGAUAAGAGAAAAUGAGAAUGAUAAGAAAUGAUUAGAAAUGAGAAUGAUAAAAGAAAUGAUUAGAAAAUAUUAAUGAGAAUGAUAAGAGAAAUAGUGACAAGGAAUGAAGGAAUAGUGAGAAUGAUGAUGAAAAUGACAAUGGAGAAAGGGAGAAAAAUGGAGUAGAAAUUGAUUAUGAUGAUGAUGAUAAACGAUAACAGUGACAUAACAGGAUAAAGAGGACAUGAGUAAAGAGGGAUAAAGAAGACAAGUAAAGAAGGAUAAAAAGACAGAAGUAAAGAAAAGGAAGGAAAACAGACAAAAUAAUGAGAUAAGAAAGAUAGUAAAAAGAAAACGAAGGAAAACACAAAAUAAGAGAAAAGAGGACAUAGUAACAAAGAAAAAGAAGGAAAACAAAAAAAAGAAAAUAUCGGAACAGCAAAAAAAUAAGACAAAAUAGAAGAAAAUGACGGAAUAACAAAGACAGUAACAAAGAAAAAGAAGGAAAACGGGAUAAUAAAGAAAACAAAGAACAAGGAAGAGAAAACAAAAUAAGAACGAUCGAUACAAACAAAACAAACAAACCAAAGGAAAGGAAACAAACAGCAACAAUAUCAGUGAACGGAAGAACAAACGAGGGAUAAAACAAACAAACAAACAAACAGAUAAUCGUACAAGCAAGCAAACAAACAAACAAGGAAGCAAAGGUAUGGGCUGGGCGGGGCGGGGCGCGGCGCCCCCCAGCCUGUGAGGCGCGUGUGGCGGCGCGGCGCGAUGGGCGGCACCUGCAGCAGGGAGACCUCGCCCCCCCUAGUGGGGCCCCGUGUUUCGCCCGCCCCCAAGGGCCCGACCCCACGCCCUGCCCAGGCCUGGCCGGGACGCACCGUCAAGUUCCUCAGCCCCGCGGGGCUACUGAAGCCGAGCACCUUCAGGGCGGGCACCGCCGCUCACAACGGCCCCGCACCCCUCCGCCCCCCCACGCCCUCCCCGCGGCCUGACGCCAACCAGAACUGGAAGCACAGCGAGCUGGUGGCGUGGCGGCGGGCCGGGGCGGGUCAGGGCGCGCCGCCCCCGCGCCGGGCCACCUCGGCACCUAGCGGCCCCGACCAGCUGGAGGCGGCGGGCUGGCGGGCGGGGCAGAGCGGGCCCCGCCUGGGCUCUGGGCUGCGCUGGGGCUCGGGUGGCCUGGGGGAGGGCCUUGUGGCCCUCUGCUGGCACUACCACCCACACUACCUGCGGUGAGCACCCACACACACCACACAACAACAACAACAACAACAACACUAGCGGCACACGCCGCCGUGACACACCACACACAUCACAUCAGCCUUUGUCUAGCGCGUUCCUUUCCUUCCCGUGAUGUCACCGGGAUUCUCAUUUAUUUUAGACGGGCCACCACCUGCGAGGAGGAGCGGGUGGGGAGGAAAAUGGAAAGAGGAGCAGGCGCAAUAGUAUUUUACCUGGGGCUUACCACUUUGUGUGAGGGGCGAGGGAAAUCAAGAAGAACCAAACAGACUAAUUUCCUCCUCCUCCUCCCUCUCCUCCUUCUCCUCUCCUCUCCC